AUGGCAGCGCUCCCAACAGCGUCCAGUGCCCCGUUGUCUAACCUACCCCAAAAGCAGAUUCCACACCAGCGCAAGUUUGCGUCGCUCCCGCCUAUUGUCACCCUCCCGACCCCCGGCUCUAGUAUGUCUUCCGCCGGCGACCAGCAGCCCAGCCGGAGCGCUGUCAACACCCCGCCCGCGUCUACCCCGCGCACACCGCAGCUCCCCCAGCCCAGUGCAUACGUGCCGAAGUGUUACUACCCGCAGCCGCCGGACCUCAACCCGUACUCGCACUACCUGCCGGAACAGGAACCGAGCUACACGAUGCCCGACGCGCUGCCCGGCCCAGGCUCCGGCGCGUGGCCGCCCGGCAUACAGGUAGCGCACACCGACCACGCGGCGAGCAAGGUCUCUACUCACCUGCACCGCCGCUGCUUCAACUGCUGCACAACGGAGCCGCCUUCGUGGCGCCGCAGCAUCCUCUCCCCGGGCAAGGUCGUCUGCAACAAGUGCGGCCUCUAUGAGCGCAUGCACUCCCGCCCCCGCCCCGUGCGGCUUUCCCGCAAGCGCCGACUCAUCGUGGAGAGCUCGCUGCCGCAUGGCUCCGGCCUGACUGCUCCUCGCCGAAGGGCACCCCCGGGUGCGCCGUACCCACCGCCAAACUACCAUCCCCGGAUGGCGGACCCCGCGCCGACUGCCGUAGUCACUCCGCUUGUGCCGACAACAUCCGCGGCCCCCAGUCCCGCCACUACCGACGACAAAAUGGACGGCGAUGAGAGUGCGAAGGAUACCUCCAUUUCCUAA